AUGACGCUAUCUGUUAGCCCAGCAAGCUUCACCAUCCUCAUUGGUGGCAGACCCAUCCCACCGGAGGUCCUGGGGCAGAUUUUCUCGUACCUCUCAGCGUGCACCAUGAUAUCGAUAUCUCACGUUUGCCACCAUUUCCGCGAGGUGGCUCUUCACUGUUCCAGCCUAUGGACGAGACUUGACUUCGCGGUACCCCGUCCACGAGGAUGGCCAGAGACACGGAUGCUGCUCGACCGCGCCAAGGAUCAGCUCCUUAGCCUGAAGAUCAGUGACGAUGGGUCACCCGAAGCUGACUUUGGCUCUCAAGACCUAGAUGGAGAGGGCGAACGCCUUAUCGAACGUGCAUUGGUGCCGUUUCGUGCUCGUAGCCUCGAUCUAUACUUCUCGGACAAGAGAAUUUUAGGAGUCCUGAGCUUGCUCCAUGAGCCCGCGGAACACCUAGUGCAACUCGAAUUGACAAGCGCAAACAGCUAUAAAGAGUUUAUUCCCGACACCUUUUUAGCUGGACACGCUCCCGCUCUUGAGAUUGUCUGCCUUGACAGAAUCUCGCUUCGAUGGGACUCGCCGCUCUGGAGCGAGAUGCUGAAGCACCUCAGCCUCUUUAACACUCCCAAGGAAACGGAACCCUCUUUUCCAGAACUGCUUUCUCUGCUUAGGAAGACUCCGAGGCUCGAAUCACUUACUCUGGGAGAGAUUACCUUUGAGCUGACCUUGCCGAGCUUCCACGAGGACUCAAUCCCAGAUUCGAACCACGUCGUUUCGCUUCCGUUUCUGCGCGCAUUAUGCUUCUUUGGCAUGUUCGACCGCUAUACGAAUUUUCUAACACACCUCAUACUUCCUCGGGACGUCGCCAUUCGCAUCGAGGCUGAUUUGUACUCCCCCGAAGAUAUAGGUCCACUAUUUCCGAAGUCUUUGUUGGAAGCCAAGUGUACUCGCGAGGUGAAUGCUGACUCGAUGGACACCACUAGGCAAGCCUACUACACUUUGAGUAUUCAUGCCAGAGACGACUCCGAAGGCGAUUCCGAAGGGGACCUCAUAAUGCGGGACUCGGGCAAACAACGAGAAACCUACGAUAUCAGUGUUCACCCAAGCUCGUAUGACGCCUCAGACACGCUCUCCGACCUUGACUUUGCUUCCAUCUUUGACUCGGACGGCUACUUCUCUAUGGUAUGGGUGCCGGGAGAAUAUCACUGCUCGCCUGAUCUCUUUUACGACGAGGUCACGGGCUACUUCGUACCUUACUCGUGUUCUCCUAGGAUUGACGCCAAGUUCACCUGCUACUUUACCGAUGUCUCGGAUCGAGAUCCAAGCUGGAUUCCGCACGACUACCUGUUUUCGACGUUUUUAUCUCCCGCAUGUGCGCGUUUGGACAACAUCGACACGCUGAAGCUAUCUGUGCACAACGAUAACCUCAGCCUGGACUGGACCACUCUUUUCAAGUCGGCACCUCGCGUAAGCCGACUUGUAGUCGAUGUCGAUGAAGGAGAUUUCAGCGCCAUCAUGGAUGCCCUGCAACCGGAGAGGGACUCGGGUAUGUCCCUUCUUCCCGAGCUCUCCCAGCUGUAUCUGUACUGGAAUGGCUACGACGACGACGGCGAAGACGAUGAAUAUAUCGAGUUCUUGAAUCCUUCCACAAUGGUCGACUUCGUGGGACUUUUAUCCGCACGCAAGCAAUCCUCCGUGCGUUCGCUUGACAGACUUGUCAUUCGUGGAGCAGAUUUUGAGACACAGUAUCAAGAGUUUGCUGGGACUUUGGAGGUUCUGCUAUGCGCCUUAAAUUUCCUUGAGGACCGUGACAAGAUUUCUGAAAACCACUUUCCCCUUGACCCUUGCUUUGACCCUCGCCUCGACACUUUGACCCUCGAUGAUUGGCUGACCCUCGCCAUGACCCUUGCCUUGGACCCUGCUUCGCUACGAUCACGAGGGUCUGUUCGCAGGGUGUCAAAACAGCUUUUUGUCUUCCGUACACAAUUCAAUUGGCAAGACAUCACGACGGUUUCGUAUCUUUUGCCCCAAGCGCCCAGCAAUAAACACACAGCACACUACGCCAUGUCGCUUAAUAGCCAGCUUACUCUCUCGAACGGAGCGUCUGUUUUGAGUUACCCUAUCCCCUUCAUCAUGCAGCUACCGACUGAGCUGCUCGCGAGGAUAUUCUAUUUCUGCCUCCCGGACGCAAGGAUUCGACUGACUUGGACCUGCCGACAUCUUCGCGAUGUGGCUCUUGGCAACUGCAGCCUAUGGACAAAAUUUAACAUCCAUCCGUUUGAUGCAUCCACAUUCGAACGAGAGAACACCAAGAUGGCUCGCGCUGGCGAUAGAUAUCCUAUCGACUUGAGAGUCUCCAUUGAUCACCCUCCCAGCGAUGACACGGAUCUUGAUAUCGGCUAUGAUCUACUGGACUGCGCCCUGUCUCCGGAGAGUGCUUGCCGUUACCGGACGUUGGACCUAUGGUUAAUCGCCACCGACACGGCUUAUCCUCUCUCCCAGCUUGUCCACGCUGCCCCUUUGCUGGAGACGCUCAUCGUUAAUAUCGACUACAGUACCGUCGACAUGGAUUGGGAAGAACACUCGCAAUCUCUCUCCGACUCGUUCCUUGGCAACUAUGCUCCGAAGCUACGAACGAUUAUGUUGACUGCUUGUUCGUUAAACUGGAACUCGAACCUGUUUGGGGCUGCUCUGACGCACCUUAGCAUUCAGCACGUAUCCGACUCAGAAGAAUCUGAGUUAAUCGAGAUGCUACGUCUUUUGCAGAGAACCCCAGCGCUUAAGACUCUCAGGCUGGACGGCUCUUUUUAUUGGGAGGAAGUGGACGCUGAAGAUCACCCCCGUCCUGUCGUCUCUUUACCUCAUCUCGAGAGACUUUAUAUCUGCAACCACUCCUUCCCCGAGCUCUUUCUGUUCGUUGGUGGUCUUACUCUGCCUGAUAAAGUCCAGAUCUGCUUCUCUGUGAUGUACAACUGCGCAGCGGACUCCGACGCUCUUCUACCUCGAUCUCUGCUGGAGCCUAAACUCAGACUAGGCAACGGUCAACCUCCUAACAAAACUCUCAGCAUCUACGCGCACGCUUUCUACAACAUCAGUGUCCACACGAGCACGUACGUUGACGCGCUUACGGAGGAUUUGUCCUUUUGGUCAGUUUACGACCAAGGGACCGAGCAUGGAUCAGAGUUAUGCCCCGCCAACACUGAUCACUCGUUCGACGACGUCACGGGCGAAUACAUCCCAAAUACUUCUUAUCCAAGGAUCGACGCUAGUUUCCCGCGUCCUGAGGACGAAGGCACUGAACAUGAAAAUCUGCUGCCCACACUCAUGCCUCUGGCUGGCGCAGGUCUCGAGAAUAUCGAUACGCUCAAACUUGUCACCUCGACCCAUCCAGGACGAGCAGUUGAUUGGAACAUACUUCUCAGUGCCAUGCCCAAUCUGUCGCGACUCGCCCUUGACGUUACACCUUCUGACUUGAUCUCCUUCCUGAAUGCCCUGAGUCCGUCCAGUGUAGACGGAGAGAAAGCUGUACUUGUUCCAAAUCUAAAGGAGCUGUACCUUCAAUGGUGCUACGUCGAAAGCGUUGGACAAGGGAGCCAGAAGACUAUAUCAUAUUCGCCGCCUUCGAAUGCCAUAAACGCUCUAAAGGCUCGCGCGGCAGCAGGGGAAAAGCUCGCUAAAUUCGUCAUGUGUGGAGUGCAGGGGGUAUCAAGAGCGUUUCAGGUCUUUGAGCCCGAACUCAAGUCUACCGCAGCUGUAUUUGAAUGGCGCGAGUGGGCAAUGCGGGUAAACACAGAAAGUUCUUUAGAUUGA